AUGCCCAUGAAACUUGAAGGAAGCUGCCAGUGCGGCGGGGUGCAAUUUACUCUCGAUUCUCAAACACCUGUUCCUUAUCAGCUUUGUGCAUGUAGCAUCUGCCGCAAGGUUGGUGGCUAUAGCGGCAGCGUCAACCUGGGAGGUAUCGCCGAUAGCCUCAAAAUCACCAAGGGAAAGGAUCUCAUCAAUACUAUGCUCUGGCUGUGGGACCAUCACUGGCCGGAGCUGAUUCAUCCUUUCGCGUCUGCCAUCGACACCGAGUUGCCGGUCCCAGACGAGAUGGUCUGUGUCUUGGGAAACUCCAAGCCAUCCUGGGUACGAUGGCCCGAAGGCAAGAAAUCGGUGCAUGAUGUCUACGGCGACGACAGCAUUGAAGGAUGGCACAAGAAACAUGGUCUAUUCAUGGAGUGA